CAUCGUCUCUGUGGGUCACAUGGUCAACGUGACCAAAAUAAAGUUUCAGUAUUUUAAGCCGCUAGAAAGGGGGACAACGGAGCACACCGGAGGCGAGCAGCAGAAGGCGGGCACCGGCGAGCACUGGCGAACCGGGCACCCGCGCGAGGAGCCGCGGCGGCGCGGGCGCCCGGGGGGGACGGGGCGCCGGGGCCGGGGGGAGGAGGGAAGGGGCGGGGCCUGGAGGGACGUACCCCUCCCCCACGGCCGGCAGCGCCGCCCGGACUCCCGGGCCGGCCGGCUCCGAGCGCGGCGCCCGGCCGACCUCAGCCCGGAAGCCCCGGGCUCCGCUAUCGCCGGGCAGCGGCAGGCCGCGGGACUCCGGAGAUCCGCCGCGUCCUCCACUGCCACCGGGACCCCACGCGCCGACAGCGGCUUCCCCGGGAACGUCCUUCAGCCCCGGGAGCACGCGGGAAAAGCCCCAGCGCGCCAAUGAGCGAGCGCCUU